UGAUGGCUCCCGGGAGGUUUCAUUAACAGGUAAUGGUCCUCGUGAUGAAAUGUCACAGAACCUACUGUGGAAAAAAGUAGGGAAGCACAGGAAGUGAUGUGACCGGAGCGGAGGCUGCCGAUUGGCCAGGAGAUUCCCGGGCAGCUGCUAUAAAACCUGACGUGAAGCCACAACAAGACUCAGAAACAGAGAAGAGACGACGCAGCAGGACACACACACACUCAGAGAGACUGAAGAUGCAGUUCUGUGGCUGUUUGCUGUUUUCCUGCCUGUUCAUCACGCUGCUCCACUGCAGCGUCGACGGCUUCAGAGUCCAACACCCGCGUGUAGACCGAACCGCCUCGAGGGCCACGGCGGCUCUUCGGCCUUGUCCCGGAGCGGUGAAGGCAGGGGAGGAGCUGACGGCGAAGCUGCUCCGAUUGGACGACCUGGUGAGGCUGGAGAAUGAUGUCAUGGAGCCAAAGAGGAAGAGGAGUUUCCCCGGCAACAACGCCCCGCUGGACCGCCUGUCGGUCAGCUCCAUGGAGACCAAACAGGGAACAUCCAAGCAGAGUAAGGUAGUGGAGUUGCCGCGGCGACGAGUCAAUCCGCCUCCCAUCGACAGGAUCGGAAUGAGUCGUCUGCCAACGAGUCGAGGAUAGGCCACGCCCCCUGCCUCUGACAGCCCACCUCCGCCUCCACAGCGCCCUCCUCUGGACAGGUACGCCACUGCAGUCUGUUCACAUUCAUCAAAAACACCGAAAUGGUCCUUUAACGUCUUUCUCUCUCUGCAGAGGAAUCACAACAGAUGCAUGAAACACAGCCAAUCACCAACUGCCACGCCCACCACCUGUCAAUCAUCCACCUGCACUUCACCUGGACACCCCCCACCCCCCACACAGCAAUGAAUGUUUAAUGAUGGUGCAUUCAGGUGCUGCUUGGCAAAUUUACAACGCAUUAUCAUGAAAGGGUUCGUGUGAUAUGGUACGAAAACUUGCACAACAAUUGGUAUGUUAUCCAAGAAAUUAAGGUGACCGCCGGUAGGUCACAUGACAACCAGUCACAUGACAGUUAGGUGACUGAGCCGGGUACAGAGCACAGUGAGGGGACGGUCAUUUCAGAGGCCGUUACACUUGAGUUUAACCC